GUCAAGAUGGCUGUGAACGUCAGGCAGAGGAGAGAGCCUGCAGUGGGAAGACCGUGAAUGAAGUUUUGAAUAGGAAAUCCUUCGUCGCUGCUUGUUUACACCUAAAGUAUCGUGCUGUUUAAGUUGUAAUCAAUCUGUGGUGGACUCGAUAUAUUCACAAACAGCAAUAGAAUAACAAACAACUGAGGAUAAAGUCUCGUAUGAAUUCCGACGAGAAAGAGGACUGUGAGUGUGCCCCACCACAGGCCGAGACUAGCCCCGCAGGAGGACCAUAUAGAGAAUACGAGGAGCCUGAAAUCGAAAACCCAGAAGCAAGCCGAAUGAAGCGAGCAGCUGCCAAACAUCUAAUAGAGCGCUAUUACCACCAGUUAACAGAGGGCUGUGGGAAUGAGUCGUGCUCCAACUCAUGGUGUGCCUCAUCAGUCGGCUUCAACCGCAUGGAUAACAACACAGCAGCGGUCAAAGCCCUGGAGCUCUACAAGGUCAACGCUAAGCUAUGUGACCCCCACCCCUCGAAGAAAGGCACUGCCUCAGCCUACCUGGAGAGCAGUGCUCACAACAACUCAGCCUGCAGCAACAGGAAGAUCAACCAUAAAGAUGUCCACUCUGUAAGGGACAAUUUCAAAGAUGUUAAUUACCUGACAGAGGAAAAGGUUUAUGAGAUCUUGGACAUCUGUGGAGAGAAGGAAGAUUACUCGCCUCUGAUCAGGGUAAUAGGCCGGGUGUUCUCCAGUGCUGAGGGCCUGGUGCAGAGCUUUCGGAGGGCAAAACCUCACACCAAGGAGGAGCUUAAGUCCCUUCAAGGUAAGGAUGAGGACAAAGAUGAGGAUGAGAAGGAGGCAGCUGCCUGCUCUGCUACAGCUAUGGAGGAGGACUCCCCUGCCGCCUCUUCAUCAUCAAGGCUCGGAGAGAGCUCCUCAGGGGAAAAUGAUGUCCUAAAGCUGGCCCCUGAUGAGGUGUCGGUGGACAUUGAAGCCGUGCGGCGGGUCUAUGAGCGCCUGCUGUCCAAUGAGAAGAUAGAGGCCGCCUUCCUGAAUGCACUGGUCUACCUCUCUCCCAAUGUAGAGUGUGACCUGACGUACCACAAUGUGUAUUCACGAGACCCAAACUAUCUGAACCUGUUUGUUAUAGUGAUGGAAAACAGUAACCUCCACAGCCCAGAGUACCUGGAGAUCGCCCUCCCACAGUUCUGCAAGGCCAUGAGCAAACUCCCACUGGCAGCUCAGGCCAAGCUGGCACGCCUGUGGUCGCAUUACAGUGCUGAGCAGAUCCGGCGCAUGGUGGAGACCUUCCAGCAGCUCAUUACGUACAAGGUGAUCAGUAACGAGUUCAAUAGUCGCAACCUGGUCAACGAUGAUGAUGCCGUGGUGGCGGCCACCAAGUGCUUGAAGAUCGUCUACUAUGCAAAUGUGCUGGGUGGCGACCUCGACAUGGAGCACAAUGAGGAAGAGGACGAUGAGCCCAUUCCAGAGUCCAGCGAGCUCACUCUGCAGGAGCUGCUGGGCGAGGAACGGCGGAACAAGAAGGGCCCACGGGUGGACCCACUGGAGACAGAGUUAGGAAUUCGAACCAACGAUUGCCGGCGGCCGCUCAUUCCCUUUGAAGAGUUUGUCAAUGAACCUCUGAACGAGGUGCUGGAGAUGGACAAGGACUACACGUUCUUUAAGGUUGAAACUGAGAACAAGUUCUCCUUUAUGACCUGCCCCUUCAUCCUGAACGCUGUCACUAAGAACCUGGGUCUGUACUAUGACAACCGUAUCCGCAUGUACAGUGAGCGGCGUAUUACUGUGCUCUACAGCUUGGUGCAGGGUCAGCAGCUCAACCCCUACCUGAGGCUCAAAGUGCGUCGAGACCACAUCAUUGAUGAUGCUCUGGUCAGGCUGGAAAUGAUAGCAAUGGAGAAUCCUGCAGACUUGAAGAAGCAGCUGUAUGUGGAGUUUGAAGGAGAGCAAGGUGUUGAUGAAGGAGGUGUUUCCAAAGAGUUCUUUCAAUUGGUGGUGGAGGAGAUCUUCAAUCCAGAUAUUGGCAUGUUCACGUACGACGAGCGCACCAAACUGUUUUGGUUCAACCCAUCGUCAUUUGAAAAUGAGGGACAAUACACUCUGAUUGGCAUCGUUCUUGGUCUGGCCAUCUAUAACAACUGUAUCCUGGAUGUCCACUUUCCUAUGGUGGUGUACAGGAAGUUGAUGGGCAAGAAAGGAACUUUCAGGGACUUGGCUGAUGCCAACCCGGUUCUUUACCAGAGUCUGAAGGAGUUGCUGGAGUAUGAGGGCAGUGUGGAGGAGGACAUGAUGAUUACUUUCCAGAUUUCCCAAACAGACCUGUUUGGGAACCCACUCAUGUAUGAUUUAAGGGAAAAUGGUGACAAGAUUCCAGUCACAAAUGAAAACAGAAAGGAGUUUGUGGCACAGUAUGCAGAGUACAUGCUGAACAAAAGCGUGGAGAAGCAGUUCAAAGCGUUCAGGAGAGGCUUCCACAUGGUCACCAACGAGUCACCGCUCAAAUACCUGUUCAGACCAGAGGAAAUCGAGCUCUUGAUCUGUGGAAGCAGAAACCUGGAUUUCCUAGCACUUGAGGAAACAACAGAAUAUGAUGGAGGUUACAACAGAGAUUCUCGAAUCAUCAAGGAGUUUUGGGAGACUUUGCACUCAUUUGGUGAGGAGCAGAAGCGCCUCUUUCUGCAGUUCACCACCGGCACUGACAGAGCACCUGUAGGUGGGCUGGGCAAGCUGAAAAUGAUCAUUGCCAAGAAUGGCCCUGACACAGACAGGUUACCGACGUCUCACACUUGCUUUAACGUGCUGCUGCUGCCUGAAUACAGCAGCAAGGAGAAGCUGAGGGAGAGACUGCUGAAAGCCAUCACCUAUGCCAAAGGGUUUGGCAUGCUCUGAGCCCCUGCUCCAAACACAGCAAACGGACUCCUUCUCAGAAAGACCAUCAAAUCCUGCCCCACCCUUCCUUUACCAGACACAAUCUAAAAGGUGACAAAGACAGACCAGAGUAUGUUUUGAGGAAAAGCAAGUCAAUAAUGAAAGAGGAAAAAUGGUUCCAAUAGAGCACUCUAUUAGUUCUUCUGCUGUGCCUGCAUCAUCCCACAUCAGUCAUUGUAAGCACAGAGACCUCCCACCCCCACAUCCACAUUAUGUGAAUGUGCUGCAGCCUCCCCAUCUUUUUUAUGUACAGAGAGGAUCAUUUUCCUUAUUAUUUAUUUGAAGGUUAAAAUGGGUUAUUUUUCAUGCCUGCCUGUUGUGAUAGCUUCCCUACUAGGGGAAAGGAAGAGGGUUAAUAUUAAACUAUGUAAAUUUGGGACAAUGCAUUAACAAGUCAGUAUAAACCCCAUUUAUUGAAUAAAAAUGUUCUGAAGUAGCCCUGAACUCUUGUUCACAGACUUUCGACAGAGAAAAUCUAGUCUUAGAGUAGUCCUUACUACAAAAUAUUGUGUUCCCCACCUGAGAUAGAGCUCUUGCUGACCAUUCCACUCACAGUCAUCGGUUAUUGUUUCUACCAAGUCCAUUUUUGAUCAAGGUAAGCAUUUGGAAAGUUACUGUCAUUUUGUCCAAAAUGGCACAUUAUAAAAUAGCUGUUUUUUGUUUUUGUUUUUGAGCCUCUUUCGCUUUCGGGGGGGUUUGGGAGGGGGGCACCGCAGGUUAGACUAAAAUCUUGUCAGAGCUGUGUAAGUGCACUUAGACAUUUUCAGAAUGUUUGUUUUUUGGCCACAGGUUGCCAUGAUUGUUUGAAGCAUUUUAUUUCCAUGUCUUCCUGUGUUGACGAUUCUAAAUAAAAACAGUAUUUAUAUAUCAGCGCGGUUGGAACUACGAUACCGUAUUGUGCAUGUUUUGGAGGAUGUACACAUGUAGACCAGUCACUGAUGAUGUUCUGACAUACAGACAUAGAGGUCUUCUUGUGCCAACCUAUACAGUCAGUUGAUAGGUGAAGCCACAGUAAGCACUUUGUGUUGUAUAUUUUCGGCGUAGUCUUCUAUGAAUAGACAGCUAACACUGCGAGGUCUGUUCAGUAUAGCCCCAGUUUAUGUGGAACCUCCACAUGUAGUGAAGAUGGCAAUGUCUACAGAUCUUUUCAUCGUUGCUGUAGAUCUUUAGUCUAUUGGACCUAAGUCUCUGGCUGUGGUUAUGCCUGUCAUUUUAAUACAGCAUGUAUCCUUUGACAACAUGAGGAAUGACCUGACAUGUCCAAACGGUUUCAUUUACAAUGCCAGCCAUCAGCUGGCACUGUGAUCAGAUGCUGGCCAAGUGAGGACAGAAGUCCAAGCACAAUCUGAACAAACUGAUUGUUACAUCAAAGCUGCAACCCAGGAUCAGUCAGUCCUGAGGCCCCUGAGUCUCAGAGAAGCCUCUGAUACGCCCGUAUCAGUCCUAUAUCAGUGUUAAUCUGUACUUUGAUCUGAUCUGUCACUGACAUUUAAAAGAACAAGGACAUGAUGAGGAAUGUGUUUACCAUUUUAUCCACCAUCAGAUGAGAGGAUGGUUUUUCUUGUCAUCUCAGUUGCAUCCAGUUCAAAGACAAGAAGCAGGCAGAAACAAUUAACAAAACAGUCCACCUCACACUGUCCUUACCAGUCAUACUGUGUCUUUUGUUUGACAUGUGUAGAAAGUUUAGGCUAACUGUGUCCUGCUUCAAGUCUUUGUUCUGAGCUAAGAUAAUCAUGUCCUGGACCUGCUGUGUAGCCGUAACAUUGAACGCGAUCGUCUUUUCUGACUCUGGGGGAGGCUACUGUGUGAACGCGUCAGUGUGAUCAGAUUUCUGUUUGGAUCUGUGGCAUUCAGUGAGAAAGAAAACAGGUGUAACCACUGUCUUUGGAAAAGUCUAACAGUGCUCGACAACAUUAAUUGGAAAAUGAGCUGUGAACUCAUCUCCCCACAGAACAGCAGAUUUCUGUUUUUAUUUAGUUGAAUCGGCUGUAAUCAUAAAGGACUUGCAUUAUGUUCUUGCACACAAACUCAGUUCACCUGUUUAAAUGUUUUUGUUCGUUUGUUAAUUGUUGUUUUUUAACAACCUGGGUCUUGUUUUGUAUUUUUGGCCAUGAUUCUUUUCCGUUUCAUACUGCAUUAGUCCAAGCAGCACAAGUCAUUAGACACACUGACAGGUUUUAAGCACAUCUGCAGUUUAACCAAAUUAUUUAAACCUCUUAUUUGGAAGUGAAAACAAAACGGUUGCACCUGAAAUGCCAUGCACAGCUCAGUGCAUUGUGCACAUCCACAAAUUAUACUAUGGUGGUACAAAAAGCAGCUCUACAAAAGCUUGUGGAUGUUACCGUGUGUGUGCGAUCACACCAGUGGUUUACAUCUUCAUUGUCCCCCAAGGGGAAAUUUGAUUUACAGUAGAGCACACAAACACAACAUACCAGAGGAUGUGGAACAAUCACAGUUGUUACAGCAAACAACCAACUAAAAAAUGAUGUAUACUGCACAUGCAGUAUACAUUUCAACCAACCCUUUUGCAAACCUUGUUUUAGAAAUCUGAAUUCUUUCAUGCAUCCAUUGGGUUCCAGUCAUUUCAGUUUAAUAUGAAAACUCUUAAUAAUGAAUGAUUAAUAGUAACAUAAUAAUGAAGACUCUUGAAACAUAGUUGAGUUAAACCAUCAGAGUGUGCAUUACUUUUUGUCCAAGUUUAUAUUUAGAUUAUCAUUCUCAGGUAGUGCAAGUACAGACUUUUCAAGCCAAUCUUAACUUGAGCUUCACUACUAGACAAAGAUGUUCUAGCACUGACAACAAUCAGCGCAGACUUGAUAGUCAAUGGGAUGGAUUAUACAACUUAAGCACAUUUCAAGAGUAUAUAUUUUGAUACCAGACAGAAAUGAAUGAAAGUCAAUGGCUACUUUUAACAGUGUGAAAAAUACACCACAUAUCAAAAACUAUAUCAUACAUUUGAAGAUGAUGAUCAAAAAUGCGAAAACUAAAUCUGUAAUAAAAAAUACACUGGUUCUUUAUUUACCUUUUGUUUUACUUCCAUCUAAGUGGUUGCAGUACCUGCAGACAAAAACUUGCUUGAUGACUUGUGUGUAACCAUACUAUAACACUGCUGUAAAUCUGUUUUAACAGGUCCUCUCAUUUUUAGAUUUGGUAUUAAAUGGCAUAGCAUUUGUGUCUGAUUAGGUCUGAUUACUAGAUUCUAUUCCAACCACAUCUUAUAGUUCUUAUCAGUGAAUGGGAUCUGGCUCAGGUGUCAUAAUGUGACCUACUUAUGAAACGUCUGUCACAGGAUACAAGGGGUCAUACAAGGGGGGCAACGGUAACCCCUGAUUUUCUUCUGGAUUUUUGGUUUAAUAUUAAAGAGACUGAAUGAACACCAGAAACCGACAACAUUAACUCUCUGAGCACCAGACCAAAACCACUUACAGCAUCCACUGGGAAGAGGUCAAAGAUCAUCAACUAGGUGUCAGUGGAAAGCGAGAGAAAGCUCAAGAAGGGCAUUCACAUCUGACUCCAGAGGCCAUAUUUGAACAGAGACAGAUGUAUGUGACUCUCUACCCGUAUACCCAACCAAAGCUUUUUGUUUGUUCACAUGAUGACAACUGAGCAAACUCCAUCCACUGAUGGAAACCUGAGAUGUGUUUGAAAGCUCCCGAAAACCAGUAAAUAACCCCUUAAGAGCUAAAAUUUGUUGUCAACACCCAGAUUAUUAACAAAAGGAUUUCCUCAGAAGGAUUAUCACUGACAGAUUAUAUCCUUGUUGAAAGCAACUUUGUUGGGGAGUAGUGAUACAGCAAGAAAGGUUAACUGCCUUGAUAAGUUAAAAGCUAAAAGGUGUCUGCUGACAGUCACUGACCAGCUGUUCAGAGCAGAUGGGUGUUCUGGAUGCUGUUACGGGCACUUCAGUGGGGGUUGUUGUAGGAGGCUAAAUCUGUGACUUCUCACUCAGACACUGGUGUGUAUAACCCUGAGGUUCCUACUGAUGUGUCUGCAAGAGGACUAUCUGAUUUUAUUUUUAAAUGCUGCUCAGCCUGUGAGUGUGAUGCUACCCACAAAAUACCACUAAACCACCGUGCUCCAACCACACCAUCAGCACACAACAGCCAUGAGCCAUUCUUUCUGUUCCAUUGCUCUUACUUUCUCAUCGUCACUGUGUCAGCCACACCUGGGCAAAAUUAUUUUGUAGAAUACCCUUCACUGCUUGUUCUGGCCUUGUUUGGAGUCCCUCUGAACAGUACAAAGAGUGCCUGAAAUGUGGAUUCUCAACACUUGACUGUUUUGGAGUCCCUACAACAUACAGCAUGUUGUGCAAUUAACAACUCGGCAGGUAUUGAUAUACUGCAAGUAAACCUCAAUCACAUGGAACUCUGUACAGGUUAAAACAAAGGCCAAGGAGUAAUUACAACUGUUAUUGAGUCCAGGUCUGGUUUCAGUCGUUUAACAUUACUCUUGUACCUCUGUUUUGUAAUGCUGAAGAUGCUGCUCACCUGGACAUGUGAAAGGUCUCUAGAGCCUAGUUAAGGUAAAAGGUGAAAGGUCAACCUGAUCUUGGAAAGGGAAGCGGUUUUCAUCCAUUGGUUUGACUCCACAAAUACAUUCUAAAAGAUACAAACUGAUGAAAGGCUAAAAGUAUUCAGUGUUGUGAAAACAUGCUAAAUAAAGAUGACUGCUUUUUUUCAACUUG